UCCGGUCAGUUCGCGGUUAAACUCCAGUGCGGUCAGUCGAAUCGGGCCAUCGCUCGGGAUCCCCAAGUCAUAUAUAUUUGAAUUGAUCUAAAGUUGAAAUAACUUUAAUUAGAAUCUCAAAAUGCGUUCUUGCGGUCCGAGUUUAAUUAAAUAUGUCUUAUUCGCCUUUAAUGUGCUGUUUGCGAUCUCCGGCCUGGGAAUUCUUAUAGCUGGUGCCGUUGUCCUGGCCGAUGUGAAUGAAUUCAAUCACUUUGUCGAGGGUCGAGUCCUUGCGCCGCCGAUUGUCCUCAUAGUCACCGGCCUGAUCAUAUUCCUGAUAGCUUCGCUGGGCUGUUUCGGAGCGAUCAAGGAGUCACCAACGCUUCUAAUUACGUUCGCUGUCCUUCUGGCCGUCAUCUUUAUUGUGGAGCUGGCCGUCGGUAUUGCGGCCAGCGUUUUCAAGAAGGAUCUGGAGGGAAUGGUGAAGAACUCGCUGCAGGAGUCCAUCAAGCGAUCGAACAGCGAAGACACCAUGGCCUGGGACAACAUCCAGCAGAAGCUGAUGUGCUGCGGAGUCGACUCUCCGGCGGACUGGAGGACACUCAGUGCGAACAAAACGCUGCCGGGCAGCUGUUGUCAGCCGCAGUUCAUCGACACGACCGUGGGUCACUGCCUGGACUCACCGGCUCUCGGCAAGGAUAAGUACUUCCAGGACGGCUGUGUUGGCAAGCUAAAGGAUCGGAUCGAGAAGAACGCCAUCAUCCUGAUCGGUGUGGGCAUCGGCAUUGCUUUUAUCCAGAUUUUGGGCAUCGUUCUGGCCUGCUUUCUGGCCAACUCCAUUCGACAGGAGAGGGCCAAGUAAUACCCAUCGAAGCAACUACACCGAGUGUAUCCCUAAAUAUAAUUGAUAGCUGUCUAAUUUUAUAUAGUUGAAAUUCUUUCACCGUUGAAUUCUGCUCAUUUUACAUUACCCUUAUCCAUUAAACUUACCCUCAAAAUCGAAGGAUA